AUGACUGUGCCCGCCAUCGCAGGUGGGCUACGGGACCUGGUACUGGCUCCACUGAGUGAGUGUGUUUCAAGGAUGAGAGGAUGGCAGGCCGAGAACAAAGACUUACAGACAGGGGUUAUAUUCGGUCGGCGCCAGAAUACCGACAAAACCAAGCCUCGCUCCAGCUCAGCCAAGGACGACUCCUCUUCAACCGAGUCGAGAUCCACGGCGGAGAUUAAAGAGUCCCUCGAUGCGGCCCAAGCCCGCCUCGCCAGUCUUCAUACUCAAGCAGACCACAGGCGCAAGAAGAUGUUUAACCUUCAGACUCUUCUUGCCACCAAGCGUCGGGAACGUAACGCACUCAACCUCCGAAUCAGGACCCACCUGGAGGCCAUGGACAAGAGCCGCGACGAGUACGACAAGUUGGUUGGAGCCAACGCCAGCAAGACCGUUCGCUUGGGCGAGGCCGUUCACGACUGCAUCACAGCCUUAAGGUGUACGACCGUUCCCAUCUCAGACGACACACUCUUUGACACUGUCUCUCGUAUUCGGGAGGAGGUAUUCAAAUGCCACUGCCACUCGGGUCUCGUUGGCUGGGCGGAGCCGCCGACACCCCCCACCGCCUACUUUACGCCACCUCAGUCUCCCAUCGAGGCAGCCACCACAACAGCCACCGAGGUUAUGGGUCGCGCUCCUCCUAUCACCUUGCACGUUGGUGGACAUGGUUCUCCGGGAUUCUCGGUCAAGUUCGAGAUAGAGGAUGCCGAAACUGGCAAGAUGGACCUCCCAGCCACGUACCUGGUCCGCGGCAGUCACUCAACCUUGAGACUCGAGAUCGAUCGCGACACACCCUCUACACUGGUGACACUCCCACCAGACAAGGAUGAUGGCGAACUUUCACCAAUUGGGUCGUCUGCAUCGUCACUGUCGGACACAUCGGAAGGAUAUCGUGAUUGGCUCCAGACCGGCUCACUCCGCACCUUCCCCCGCAUCCCACCCCCACCUCAUUCUCCGGCACUGCUGUCAGGCAUGGGCGAACACCUUGCCAACUGGUUCACCAAGCUUCGCAACGACCAGCUCCGCACUCGGUACCGACGUGCUCGUUUCAGGAGUAGCAUCGUGUUUGCCGAGGAAGACAUCAAGCCUUCAAACCCCACAGAGUUUGCCCGGAUCGAGCGAGAGGCCAACGCCAAGAGUGCAAAGAUCUGGUCGGGGCUUGAACAGCGGUGCAAGGAGUACACUGUCGCCGUCAACCACGCCAAUUCGCUCGUCUCCGACGCCAUCCGCAGUAGCAACCCCCAGAGCCCGUGGACCGGCACGUAUUCGCACGGAGUCAAGAUCUCCAAAGACGAGGUGUGGCAGUCUCAGCGGGAAGCGAAUGCGGAGCGAGUCAACGCAGCCGAGGAAUCAAGUCCGGCAAGCCACAGUGCCACUCCACACUUCAACCCGCACGACUCGCCGCCCAUUCGCGACUAUCCCACCCCUAUGGCCCUCUCUGCUGGCAACCCUCGCCGAUCGUCCUGGAACCCCAUGUCAGCUCGCGCUUUCCCGAGCCCCAUGGUCCUUUCAGCAGGAAACUCGCGCCGGUCGUCGUGGCAUCCGGCUCGUCGGAGUUCAAGUCUCUUCUCUCCAGCUCACCUGAUCUCCACCACACCAACCCAUACGCCACCUAUCAGCAAGCUGCAGCCUCGAGCCCGCAGUCAAGGUUAUCCCGAGGAGGUUCACGAAGGGGUCGAACCGACGCCGGAUGGUGAUACCAGCCUUGCGGAUUCAUCGUUCGCUUCAUCGACCCUCGAUACGGCACCUGCAACUCCAACGCCCAUGGCCAAAACCAACUUUUCCCUCAGCCCCGCCCCGCGUAAACGACGCGGAUUCCCCAUGGCUCCGAACCUUUCAACUGGCCCUCCCGUGUCCCACCGAGCUACCAGUCCUCUGCGGAGGUCAUUCACAGCAGACCAGGCCAUGCAUGCCUCCCUUACAAUGUCCAAGUUAAUGGGAUCUUCUACCACCACCUCGCCCAAGGGCGAGACGGAGUCAAGUCAGGAUACCGAGUCGACGGGAUCGACCGAGCUCACAGAGACUGACAUCCGCGAAACGUGGGUUUCUGAGCCCAGUUCUCCAUCUGACACUCUCUACGAUUGA